UCUCCGCAAAACGUGGAACACUUCGAAACAAAAGAGAACUUCGCAAUAAUAGUUAAAGAAGUGUGGUAAAGGCCUAUAUGACUGCAUGUAGACUUUUUGCCUCGUGAAGUUUACAGUCCCAAUGCAUCGAGUUACACUGAGCGCACUAUAAUUUUCCCCAUAUCUUUCUCGACUGACACGGAAGGUGGAAUCGAAUUGCAGUUGGAUUUUUUUGGGGGGAGUGGGAGGAUUUAGGAAGCAAUGGAACACUGAGCGAGAAAAGUAACAAUUAGCAUACCGAACGUCGCAGAGAGAAAACUUUACUUUGAAAGAGGACAGCACAAAACGAUCCAAAUGGCUGAACAGCACUCCGACCUGGAAAAGGCCAUCAACACUUUGGUCACAAAGUUCCAUGCCGCUGCGGCCAAUAAAGGUCCCACGCUCCAAACCAAAGAGUUCAAAGACCUCCUCUCCUCCCAGCUGCCCAACUUAGUCAAGACUGGAGGCUCAGAGCAGGGCCUGGGCGAGGUGAUGAGACAGAUGGGUGUGUCGGACGGCGAGGGAAUCACCUUCAAACACUUCUGGGGCUUGAUCCAGUCACUGGCCACCACGCAGCAUGGUCUUCUCAGCAGCGAGAAGGUGUCCAAGUGCAGCUGUGUGCUCCUGUAAGGUCCAUGCCUUCUGAUGGCGGUGUGAGCCAGGGGAGAACCAGACAGCCUCAUAGUAUCCCACCCAGUGUCAGUACCCCUUCUCACCGCACUACUCCCAUCCAGUCCUGGACACUCACAUAGUACUCACCCCCUCCACGACAGGCCUUUUUAUGUACAUCUCCCAUGCUUGGUAGUGCCAGCAGUGCUCAUCUCUUAGCUCUAUACCACUUGGUUUACAGGAUUUUUGUUGUACUCCCGGAGUGUUAUAAGUGUUGGUCUUUCCAUCCAAAAAACCCCGAACGGCUUUCCUUUUGGCCUACUACUAGUGUAACCACUGCAAAGAAUCCUUAGAUUUACAUUUACAUUUACAUUUAAGUCAUUUAGCAGACGCUCUUAUCCAGAGCGACUUAAUAGAUGACGUAUGACCCAAAGUGAAAUCAGAAAACCAUGAGCCAGCUUUAGGUGCUUUGCAAGAAAUAAAUAUGAAUUUACAUAUGUCAGUACACAUUAGUGGAAAGCACCUUUGAGCCACCAGUAGUCUCAUACAUACAGUGCUGGUGAUGCAAUGUCCCCAUAGCUUGUUUCCUAAAACAAUGUUUUCCCCACUGUGGUAUUGCAGUUUUGUAUUUAUACUUUGUAAUUCUCUUUAUACUGGCCAUUGUAAUAACAUCGUAAAACAUGACCAAAAAUGUUCUAAUAAAAUAUUGCAACAAUGGUGACCUCCA